UCAACUGUGCGGCCACCAGUAAAGGAGAAACUGAGAUCACGUGCUUCUUGAUGCGCUACUUUGUGAAGAACACACAUCACGUUUGUGGCUCUCCAGUGGCCGUUCAUUAUUUGACCUGAAUCUGAUCAAGAAGAAAAAACUAUACAAGCAAGGAGUGAGAGGAGUUCCACAAAAUACCUGACACCGAUUCUUCAAAAAUAGCCAUGACUCAUGGAAAAGAUAAAGCUAUGCCUUUCAAAGAAACCGCUGCCCUCUCCCACUGAUCGAAAGAAGUUUGACCAUGACUUUGCCAUCUCCACUUCCUUUCACGGGGUGCACAACAUCGUUCGCAACCAGAGCAAAAUUCGCAAGCUGAUCUGGUUGGUGGUAGUCUUGGGCUCAGUCUCACUUGUUGUAUGGCAGAUCUACAGUCGCUUGGUCAACUACUUCACAUGGCCCACCACGACGUCGAUAGAGGUUCAGUAUGUCGAAAAGAUUGACUUCCCAGCUGUGACGUUUUGCAAUUUAAACAGGUUCCAAACAGAAGCUGCAGCCAAAUUUGGUAUUAUUUUUUUCUUAUGGAAUAUUGUCUACAAAGUUCUCCAUCUUCAGGAAAUCAGGUCCAAUUACACUGGCUUUAAAGAUGCUAUUGAUUUUCUCACAAGUCAUCAAAACUUCAGCAUUACAGAGUUUGUAAAAAAAAAUGGUUUUUAUCUCAACAGUAGCACACUGUUGGAAUGUGACUUUUUUGGAAAGCCAUGUGGCCCACAGGACUUUGCACAUGUCUUCACUGAAUAUGGAAAUUGUUUUACUUUUAAUCAUGGUGAAAAUAUUCAAGCAAAGGAAAAAGUGAGUGUCUCUGGAAGAGGCUUAAGCUUGCUCUUCAAUGUCAAUCAGGUGGAAUUCACUGAUGACCCAGCCCUUGGUUUUGUUGAUGCUGGAAUCAUCUUUGUUAUCCAUUCACCAAAGAAGGUGCCGCAGAUUGAUGGCUUAGGCUUGUCGUCACCUGUAGGAAUGCAUGCCCGAGUAACAAUCCGCCAAGUCAAGACAGUUCAUCAAGAAUACCCCUGGGGAGAAUGCAAUCCUAACAUCAAGCUACAGAAUUUUAGUAGCUAUAGCACUUCUGGUUGCUUGAAGGAAUGUAAAGCUCAACACAUACAAGAACAAUGUGGAUGUUUACCUUUUCUGCUUCCUGGAAAUGGGAUAGAAUGUGACCUACAAAAGUUUUACAACUGUGUUUCUCCUACACUUGACCUCAUUGAAGAUAAGGGAUUAUGCACAAUGGGAACACAUAAUUCUAGCUGUCCUGUUCCUUGUGAAGAAACAGAAUAUCCUGCUACUAUUUCUUAUUCUACUUUCCCAAGUCAAAAAGCUUUGAAAUAUCUUUCGAAGAAAUUAAAUCAAAGUCAGGAAUAUAUCAGGGAGAAUCUUGUGAACAUUGAAAUAAACUAUAGUGACUUAAACUAUAAGAUAACUCAGCAGCAAAAAGCAGUGAGUGUGUCUGAAUUACUUGCAGAUGUUGGCGGUCAACUGGGCCUAUUUUGUGGGGCCAGUAUGAUUACAGUUAUAGAAAUUAUUGAAUAUAUAUUCACCAAUUUCUACUGGAUAUGCAUUUUGUUCUUGCUGAAGAUACCUGACAUCACGCCGGGGACUCUUCCACCUCAGGAUCGUCUGGGGAAGAGAAAUCACGUAGAAGAAUGCUAAUGUUCAUGUAGGACAAAAGCUUUUGCUCUUCUCUUCAUAAUACAUUCAAAUGUAUUCACAGCUAAUUCAUUGUUAUGUAACUUACCUGCUCUUAUAGUCUAGGGAGUCAAUAAAAGUCAUUGUAGGUAUCUA